AAUGUCGCGAUUAGUGACGUCACUAUUUAGAAAUGGUCUUCAUAAACAAACGGGAAAUCGCGUUCGUCGCGUUUGCGUGUAUAAAUACAAACCAGUAACCCCGGGUGUAAGUUUAUGGGUAAGGACCUUCUCGGGUCUCCCUGACGUAGAUUAUACGCCUGCAUACGUCAUCAGUGAUGACGAUUUCGUCGCCGCACUCAAGAAAGAUGAUUACGUCAUCAUUGACGUAAGAACCCCUAAGGAAAUCGAAGAAGGGAAAAUAUCUUCGAAAGUUUGGCUGAAUAUUCCGUACGAUGAAGUAGCUGGUGCUUUAAAUCUGCCAGAUGACAAGUUUAAGUUGAAAUUCGGGAUAAAUAAGCCGGGAAAAAAUGACAAGAUGGCUUUCUAUUGUUUGGGGGGGAUGAGGAGCACAGCUGCGUUGUAUUCCGCACAAGAACUUGGGUUUAAACGAUGUAAACAUUUUCCUGGGGGUUGGGAGCAAUGGCUGGAGUGGGGGAAAGUGUAAUGUCAUAAUGUUUGGUAUGAUGUCAUAAUAAUCAUAGUGGUUCUUUUAUAAAACUACAAUUGCAAGUACAUUGGGUACAUUUACCAAAAACGCUCACAAACUGUGUAUUAAUAAUUGUUUGAGAUCAGAGAACUAAAGUUGGUUGUAUUUCUAAUGAUCCUGGUCACUCUUCUGGUUAAAAUGCCCAAGCUAUCAUUGUUUAUUUGGGAUCAUCAUCAUAUUAGUGCUUCACUUGUUGGUUGCAGUUUCAUAAUUUAUUUAAUUAUAUUUUCUUCAAAUUUAUAUUUUAUGCAAUCCAUCGUAACAUUGUGAUAUUCCCGUCCAAGUUAUUCCCUCAAUCGUAAUAUGUGAAAUUAAUUUUCC